AUGCCAACUCCGAUUAGAGUCCGCGGCCGCAGGAAGACACCCUCACGAUCCAAAGAUGGUGUGCCAAAACCUGUGCCAUCAGGCCCCAAAGGUGGACGGCCAAUGCUACCCCCGGACGCCAAACGGAGGAUAGAGAGCUACAAGCGGACUCGUCCCCUUCCUGCUCAACCGCCCCCGCCCAGGCCCCGCAAGAGAGUCCUGUCUAGAUUGGAGUCUCUGCCUGUGGAACUGAUUGAGAAGAUCUUUCUCUACUCGCUCAGUGUCAGUCUACCACGAAGCUCGCCUUCUAUCCGCGCCGCUGUUUCCAGCGAACGGGUCUACAGAGCCUUGAUGCUGUUAGCAUUCUUUGACCCAGAGCGAAUUGCAUUGCCAGAAUUAUAUCAACCUAGUUCAGGCACAGUUUCAUCUGCAGACCCGAAGACUGUAGCCCUAAAAGUUUCCGAAGCACAGAUCUCCCGGAUAUUAAGGCCAUUGGAGUAUGUCCAUCUCGGGAAGGGGGAGCGAAGAUCUCUGCAGGCAUCUGUCGUCAGCUGCCGAUGGUGUACCAUCGAGCGUUUGAUGUCAUCGCUACCUGACCUCAUGCUUCUGAACAUUUGGCGGUAUUGGGUCCCUGAGACCCACGGUAUGUCUAAUGACCAACAAGAUCAACUCGACCUGUUCUUAGCACGAAGGUCGAACGCUCUCGACUUGGAAAUCGUGGAUGGGGACUACCGACGCUCUAUAUCCGUUACGCCGCUGGUGUCUGUAACCAUUAGACAUGCUGGACCGGACAUAGACUCAACGGUGACAAUAAACACCCUCGAUGUUUUCAAAAUCCCUGAUAAGUUUCUCAGUGGAGGUGAUGCAGGAUUCAGCGAAGCGCACGCCCGCUUUCUCGAGCUUUUUCGGGUAGCCGGUGGAAUAAACCGUUUAUCCAGCACUGAAAGGAUAAACGAGAUCAAUUUCUCCCGCGAGGCUAUACAGCAGGGUAUCCAUAUGGCUCUGGUGGAACACAAUGCUAACGUUCUCACCACCCUUCUCAAGAUCGACGAGUUCACGUUUCGCUGUCAGAAUCACCUUGCAGAUACCUUGUACAUGUUACCUUCAGAGUAUUUUUGCACCGCCGUCGUCAUGGCACGGCACGACCCUAAAUUUUUCCAGCUCUUACUACGCGCGAGUGCAGAGUCUAUCCCCUUCGACGAUUCGAAGAUUACGCAAUGGGCAAUUACUGAGGGCGGUCCCUUCCAACAGUGGCUACUAGAUUUUAUGUUACAGCUGCCGGAGCAAGUCAAGGCGACAACAAGGGGCAACCAGCAGAUGUUCUACAAUGGUGGUUUGAACGCAGCAAAUGCCAUGGCAGAAAGAUAUUUGCGGAAUGUUCUGGGAACGGAUGAGCCAAAGGUGUGGCUGGAGGAGUCGCCGUACACUUUCUCAGAUGAUUGGGUCGUGGAGAAUUGA